UUGGCGCCAUCAAAGGUUGGGUCGAGCGUCAGGGAGGAGAAGGUUAACUUCUUCUGCCUGGUUGACCUGCACGCUAUCACGGUCUAUCAGGACCCUGAAGAAUUGCGCAGGCAGACACGUUCGCUUGCGGCGGUGUUGUUUGCCGCCGGGCUGCACCCGGACAAGAGCACAGUAUUUGUGCAGAGUCAUGUGGCAGCCCACGCCGAGUCGUGUUGGGUGCUCAACUGCGUUACGCCGAUGGGAUGGCUGGAGCGCAUGACGCAGUUCAAGGACAAGUCAUCGCGGCAGGAGAGCGUAUCCGCCGGGCUUUUCGACUACCCAGUGCUGAUGGCAGGUGACAUCCUGCUCUAUGACUCGCAUGAGGUGCCUGUCGGCGACGACCAGCGGCAACACGUGGAACUGGCGCGCGACAUAGCAAUUCGCUUCAACCGCAUCUAUGGCGACACCUUCGUCGUGCCUGAGCCGAUGAUACCGGAGAUUGGCGCGCGCGUAAUGGGCAUGAACGAUCCAACGGUCAAAAUGUCCAAAAGCUUCGCGCACAUCCGCGGACACGCCGUGCGCAUGCUCGACGAACCCAGGGAGAUCGAACGCACCAUCAAACGCGCGGUUACCGACUCGGGCAGCGAGAUUGCCUUCUCAGACGAUCCUGAGAAGGCAGGUGUGAACAACCUGCUCGGCAUCUACAAAGUCAUAACCGACAAGUUGCAGGACGAGGUUAUCGCGGAUUUUGCAGAUGCGCGCGGCUACGGAGACUUGAAGUCACGAGUUGCCGAGGUGGUAAUUGAUGCGCUGAGUCCCAUCCAGGAGCGCUACUACGAAUUCAUGGACGAUCCUGCGGAGCUUGACCGAAUGCUCGCCAGAGGCGCCGAAAGCGCUGCCGCCGUAGCGACGCCAAAGAUGGACGAAAUCAAGCAACGAGUUGGAUUCACCCUACCCCAAUUUUAG